AUGGCUGACCAAGAAGGAAAUUUCCCCAACGACUGGACUGAGGGUGAUGUAGACAACUCAUCACGAAUAACUCCAUGUGCUCCCAAUUUUCAGUCCCAGAAUAUGUUUCUGGGCAACAACAACCAAGGCAUGGCUGUUCCUCCAUCGCCUAGAGUUGGUCAAAUGUUCAACUCUGCCCGCACACCACAUCGAAAUGGGUACCAUUUUGGUGAAAAUCUAUAUAAUCAAGAUGUUACAACACCUCCACAGCAUGGAUAUGGCCAUUCAUCUAUUCCUCUGCGCUUGCAACGAAAUUACGGCUUUCACUCGGGUCCUCUGCGAAACUACCAAGGCACGAAUACUCCUCGAAACAACGCAUAUGUGGGAGUAAGCAGCCCUCUGAGUCCGUUUGCUCCUAUGCCAAAAGUGAGCAGCAGCAAUCCAAGCAGUAUACUCAAUCCAGCUGCACAAGAGUAUACGAAUUACAUCGAUCCUGUGCCGCGUGCCUAUAACUUGCUACAAAGCUACAGGUCGUUUAAUAAUGGUUUCCAAACACCCUUAGCAGGCAACGCGAGACCACAAGGCAUACCCCAGUAUAGCGGUUCUAUGAAUACAACUAUACCGGUGUUAUUAGACUCGCAUGGGGGUGCUUUCAUGCCGGCCUAUAGUCAACAACCAUUGACCCCUCCAGUGAGCAAUGAGUCAAAUCAGAACUUGACACCUUCUCAAGUUCCAGAGGAAUCACAAUGGAGAGCCGUUGGCUCUCCAUUACCACGAUCAACACCAGCAGGCAAUUCCGACAGUAGUGGCAGUGCCACUCCUGAGAACGACGAAAUUGCCAUCCAGCGAAAGCCAGCAAUGGUACCCAAGAAGUACCCCUUGCGUGCCGAGCAUCUAAUGCCCGGAUGCAUUGUCUGGUUAUCUAACUAUGAGGACGGACACGAGCCGAUAGUAUGUGUCCAAAAUCAUGAGUGCAACGACAAGGUCAAAGAAAAGGAUGGCCGCAAUCAUCCGGUAAUGAUCUUGAGGAUCAACCAACGUCGUGGCUCGAACAUCGUUGGUGACGUCAUACUCGACGUUGCAUUAAUGACAACUCUUGGCGGUCUACCUCUGAACAAGUACAUCAACAAGCUGCGCACGCUUGGACCGGAUACUUCAAUGCAAUGGUAUCUUCAAGAGACCAUGCCACUGUCUUGGACCCCAUUACAAACACCCCAGCUGAAGGGUGACAAGCUUGACGCAGUACGGAAACACGAGCAGAACCAAGAGUCGCAGCACCAUGCUGAAUUGAAUCAACGCGGCAAAACCUUGUUGUUUCUCUCACGGGGUAGCAUGCAGAGACGGUCGUACAUGCGUGUACAUCACAUCUAUGCCGUCCCUAUCAAGCAACUGCAAGCUUGCAGCCGGUACGCAAAGCUUGCUCACAUGGUCCGCUUGGACGAGUCUGGGUACCUGAGAGUAAUGGAGGUCUUGAAAUUGGUUCCAGAGCCUUGGGAAUCCAGCAUCGAGAGAACCAUUGCGGCUGCUCCGCAACGCCUUAAAAACCUUCGAGACGAGGAGAUGGCACAAUUCAACGCCAUUCAAUUGGCUGAACGCCAACCUCGUCAAGAUGAAGCUGUCAUGCAGCAAGGUCCGAACGUCACACAGCAAAGCCUGUUGGGUAAUGCUUUUGGCGUUGAGGCCGAGGGUCGCGAGCCCUGUUGA